UGUUAACAUUUGCCUUAUUUUCAGUGAUGGAAGCAAAAUACAGCAUUUAUGUUCCAUGUCACAUGGCCGCUUCUAUCAUACUUCUGUGAUGUGUGGGUCUUCUGUGUGUGUUAGUAGUGUGGGAAAUCCAGUGUGAGAGAAGUCUGGGAGGGGCAUAGAGGGGGAGGCCCCUUCUGUCCCAUUGAUAACAGGUUCAUUCAGAGAGGACCGUUUAAAACAGACUAAUCCCUUACGCAGUCAUUCGCUCUGCUCUGAUAGGACCCCUCCAUCUCCUCUAGAAUUCGAUCCAAGGAUGCUCCUCUCCUUGUGCUGCCUGCACUGAAGCCCCAAGGACCCCAGAAGAGUGGGAUGGCCACCGCAGGCAGGAAUCCUCCGAGGCCCUCGCCGCUGAGGCUGCUGCUGCUGCUGCUGGGAUGCUGCCUCCUCGCGGCUGCCCGAAAGGACAAGGGGGCUGCUCGUAGGGAGGGGACCCCGGCCUCGGGCCCCACGGGCGGUUCCUCGGGUCGCUUCGUGAGCCCAGAGCAGCACGCGUGCAGCUGGCAGCUCCUGGUGCCAGCCCCGGGGACGCCGACGGGCGGCGAGCUGGCCCUGCGCUGCCAGGCCCCGGGCGGGGCUCGCCUGCACUGCGCCUACCGCGGGCAUCCCGAGCGCUGUGCGACCUCCGGCGCCCGGCGCUCGCACUACUGGAGGCGGCUGCUGGGCGCGCUGCGUAGGAAGCCGCAACCCUGCCUGGACCCCGCGCCGCUGCCACCGCGCCUGUGCGCCCGCAAGAAGGCCGGCGCCGAGCUGCACCCACCCGCUCACCCCACCCUGUCGGCGCGUCCAGCCGAGCAUCCCCGGCCCAGGGCGCGGAGCCGGGCUCGGCCGCGACAGCCGGUUCGCUCUCCGAGCUCGCCGCCCGAGGAGAAGCCCUCGAGGGCGAAGACCAGCGCGGGUGGGAGGAAGGCGGGCUCGGACCGGGUCCCGGAGCCUCCCGCGGUGGCCGAGCUCCAGCCCGACGGGCUGGACCAGAACGCCGAGCUCACCGAGACCUACUGCGCCGAGAAGUGGCACUCCCUCUGCAACUUCUUUGUCAAUUUCUGGAAUGGCUGAGGUUGCGGGCCUGGCGGGGGCACCAGGGGCAGCUGCCGCGGAACAGAGGGCACUGAAGCCGGGGCGGGAGGCUCGGGGCGUCUUAGACCGUGGGAACCGGGAUGGAGAGUAGGCAGGAGUCCGGGUUUCCAAAAUGGGGCCUGGGUCAGGGUAGGGAGAAUCUGAGACAGCAGAGGAGUACACACGUUUUGAAGCAUCUCAAUUCUGAUUUGAGAGCAGAAGAAGUAGUGGAAACGGAUAGGUUUAUAUUAAGUUUGCAAAAACUGUAGACUAGAGAGAGAAGCUGAAGAUAGGGACUGCCGUGACUAAAGAGGUGCGAAUCUCUCCUAGGAAGUGAGAUACAAAGUCUAUUAACACAUUAUUAUUAAAAUGUAACUGUGAGUAAGAGCCCCAGCCAGGCUGAAUUGUUCAGUCUUCUGGGCUGACAGGUUUUUCCCCACCCCUUUUUCUGGAUUGUUAUCAACUCUGGGUGUGACAGCAUCACACUUUCUAUGUGGAUUGAACCUUAUAGGUAAAAAAUAAAUCCAAGAAUGGGUUAUCAGGACAACUGCAUUUCAGUUCCUUUAGCAUUGCUACUUUGUAUUGAAUUUCGAAUAUACUGUCCUGAAAGUUCCUUAACUACCUAAAAUCAGAAGUGAAUUUUAGAAGUUCAGUGCUCUCCAGAUCAUCAAAUACAAACGAAAAUCCCCAAGUCUUUACAUUUGAUCACUCUUAAAACUCAGAUAAAAUGUAGACUUGUAUCUCAGUUGGUGGGCCCUUAUCUCUUGUGCAAUUAAAUUCAAUUUUUUCACUUUUAAUAUGAUGUAAUGAUCAUCUUUAAUAAAAAAACUGCUGGACUUAGAAAAUGA